AUGUUUCAGCAAUCACAGCCCCAGAAGUUUGGGACGCUGCUCGGAAGUACCACGGCUCCCACUGGUGGUCUAUUCGGCGCCUCAACCCAGCAGCCUCAGCAACCUGCCCCGAGUGGCAGUUUGUUCGGCGGCUCGACCCAGCAACCUGCUGCGACUGGCAGCUUGUUCGGCGGCUCGAUCCAGCAACCUCAACGUCAAACGGGAAACCUCUUCGGCGGCACCCUGGGAGGAACAGCAGCUGGGGGAGCAGCAGCUCCAGCGGGAAGCCUCUUUGGCGGAUCUCAGCUUGGAGCUUCACAGCAGCAGCAGCAACAACAACAGCCUCAGCAGAGUUUGUUCGGCGGCCUCUUACCCCAACCCCAGCCUCAAGCGCAGCAAUCACAACAGAGCGGACUGCCACCUUUAAGGGCAUCAGCAUUGGGUGUAUCUUUGGACAAACCAGCCGGUCCUCGCGAAAAGCCCACCUUGGAGCAGGUCGCGUUGCUCUAUAAGAAAUGGAACGCCAACGACGCCGCCUGCGCGUUCGAAGGAUACACAUACAACCAAGUCGGGCCCGACGCCAUCAAAUAUGAACCCGGACCGGACGAAGACCCAGUCAAAUGGGAUGAGGCACUAGCGAAGAGGCCCAACGUAGAAUGUGUGCCCUUCCUCCUGCGCGGUUUUCAGGCAAUACACACUCGAAUCCAGCUACAGGACAAUGCGGUCAACCUCCUCACGAAGAAACUCCACGAGAUCAACGAUCACUUGAAGUUCCUCAUGCAGAACCAUGACCUGAAGACUCAAGUGCGGUGCAACGAGGCGAGGAAUAGGCACAAUGCGUUCACUCAACGCGUCGUCAAGCUUGCGGCGAAGGUGCAGAUUCUUAGGAACAGGGGAUAUGCGAUGGAUAGCACGGAGGAGGAGCUAAAGAAGAAGCUGCAUGAGCUGGAGAAGAAGGCGUUCGACCCCAUCCUGGGCGGUCGACAGGAGGAAAUAUGGGCGCGGAUGUCAGCAGCGCGAGCUAGGGCACAGAUCCUCCAAGCCGAGUCGGAGAAGCUGGGCCAAGCCACGCAGACGCAAGAUGGGAGCGUGUUAAACGAGGCAGAUCAGAAGCAGCUUCGCCAGCUCCUCGAGGGCUAUGAUUCGCAGUUGACGCAUCUGAAAAAGGAGAUUGACGGCAUACGGAAGGAUUACGAGGAAUGGGAAAUAGCUCAGAAGCCGGCUCCUACUAAAUAG